CACCCCCCGCCCUCCGGGCUCCUGCUCCCGGGAGCCCCGCAAACCCCGCUCCGCCCGCGCCCCGCACAGCACCGAGGCUCCCGGCCCGGUCCGCCCCGCUGCCCCUCCCCGGGGCCAUGGGGGCACCCCCGGGCUACCGACCCUCUGCCUGGGUGCAUCUCCUCCACCAGCUGCCCCGUGCCGACUUCCAGCUCCGCCCGGUGCCCAGCGGCUUUGCUCCCCGCGACCAAGAGUACCAGCAGGCCCUGCUGCUGGUGGCAGCCUUGGCUGGGCUGGGUUUGGGCCUGAGCCUCAUCUUCAUCGCUGUCUACCUCAUCCGCUUCUGCUGCUGCAGGCCUCCAGAACCCCCUGGGGCCAAGAGUCCCCCACCUGGAGGAGGCUGUGUCACCUGGAGCUGCAUUGCUGCCCUUCUCGUGGGCUGUGCAGGCAUUGGCAUUGGUUUCUAUGGUAACAGCGAGACCAGCGAUGGGGUGUCCCAGCUCAGCUCAGCACUGCAGCAUGCCAACCACACGCUCAGCACCAUUGAUGACUUGGUGCUGGAAACGGUAGAGAGGCUGGGUGAGGCUGUGAAGACAGAGCUGACCACCCUGGAGGAAGUGUUGUCAGAACGCAUGGAGCUGGUGGCUGCCACCCGGGGAGCCAGAAGGCAGGCUGAGGCAGCAGCUCAGCACCUGCAAGGCCUGGCCUUCUGGCAGGGAGUGUCCCUGAGCCCAGUACAGGUGGCCGAGGAUGUGACUUUCGUGGAGGAGUACAGGUGGCUGGCCUAUGUCCUCCUGCUGCUCUUGGUGCUUCUGGUUUGUCUCUUCACCCUCCUGGGCCUGGCCAAGCAGAGCAAGUGGCUGGUGGUUGUGAUGACCGCCAUGAGUCUCCUGGUGCUUGUCCUGAGCUGGGGUUCUAUGGGCCUAGAGGCUGCCACAGCUGUGGGUCUCAGUGACUUCUGCUCCAACCCAGACACCUAUGUGCUGAACUUGACCCAGGAGGAGACAGGACUCAGUUCAGACAUCCUCAACUAUUAUUUCCUGUGCAACCAGGCGGUCUCCAACCCCUUCCAACAGAGGCUGACUCUGUCCCAGCGUGCUCUAGCCAGCAUCCACUCUCAGCUGCAAGGCCUGGAGAGGGAAGCUAGCCCUCAAUUUCCUGCUGCACAGAAGCCCUUGUUAUCCUUGGAGGAGACGCUGAAUGUGACAGAAAGAAGCUUCCACCAGUUGGUGGCACUGCUGCACUGCCGCAGUCUGCACAAGGACUAUGGCUCAGCACUCCGAGGCCUGUGUGAAGAUGCCCUAGAGGGCCUGCUGUUCCUGAUGCUCUUUUCUCUCCUGUCUGCCGGGGCCCUAGCCACCACUCUUUGCAGCCUGCCCCGUGCCUGGGCUCUCUUCCCACCCAGUGAUGACUACGAUGACACAGACGAUGACGACCCUUUCAACCCUCAGGAAUCCAAGCGCUUUGUGCAGUGGCAGUCUUCCAUCUGAGCCUCCCCUCCAGUGUGGAGCCUGCCUCUCCUCUUUGGCUCAGCACUGCUUUGCUUCUGAAAGUCACGUGUGAAUCCUGACAAGGGGGAAGAAGCAGAUCCAAGAAGAGAGUAAGCCUAACACUAAAUUAAACAUGCGUGCACCCACAGAAGAGUCAACCUUCCAGUCACGUGGAAUGUUCAAAGCCUGCUGGGAUUAGGAACGGUGUGGAAUCGAAUCAACUUGCUUCCUAGCAGCUCAUAUCCUACACAAGAACGUCAGAAAACUAACGCUUGUUUCAGGAUAGGGACAGAAGUCUUCAGAGAGAAGUAGAAUAUUUUCUCGUAAUGCUACCACAGUGAUAUAAAGGGAGAAGGUUUAAGGAAGAUAAUAUAAAUCCAGACAGGAAAAGAUGAGGCAAUCAUCAAGUUGUCAAGUAAAAACAAACAUGGCAGAGUCAAAAGGGAAAUUUAUUGUCUGGGGAACAAUUCCUAUGUAGUUCUUAUUUGUUAAAAAAAACAGUAGCACGCAUGACAAAGGAAAACAUUGUUGUUAAUAGAUAAACAUAAUUCAAAAAGCUUCUAUUAUCUAACAAAAAAACAGACCAACUCAAUUUAGUAAUAAGUAACUGAGAUGAACGUACAAGGAAACAAAAUCCCCAAGACAAAGGAUAAAACUGGGGUUUUUUUGGUUUUCAUUUUGGUUUUUGGUUUUUUGAGACAGGCUUUCUUUGUAAUAGACCUGGCUGUCCUGGAACUCUUUGUAGAACAGGCUGGCCUUGACCUCACAGACAACAGCCUGCCUCUGCCUCCCUAGUACUGAGAUGAAAGCAUGUAUCACCAUAUCACCAGCUAAAAUGUUCAAGUUCUAAUGAUUAGCAAAUACAAUGUGCUACGUUCCCCUUUCUAGUACCUACUUGUUGUGGACUUUAAAGUGGGGUGUUGGCUGGUGCUAGUCUGGAGGCUCAGGGAAAAGGUUCUCUGAAUAUGCUGCUCAGAGGCGGUGAAUCACCAGCUAUGUGAAAAUAAUAAUAAUUAAAACAAACAAACAAAACAAAACCCUGCUCACAUCUCUUAACCUGGUAAUCCUUUGGGGCACAAGCUUCCAGUAAGAGAUGAACAGGCAACCCUUGGCUCAGUUAAACCCUGGAGACAAAAAUGUUCACAAAAGGAAGAACAGUAAUGUAGAGCAGGAUCGUCAAGUUCACAGUGGCAAGUCGGGUACAGAAGCACCAGGGAGUAUCCCUGGCCCUGUGCUGGUUGGAAGCCUCUGGGUCCUAGACCUGGCACCACUAUGUUAAUGUGGACAAGUUAUUUGACUGGUUGAACCUCAGUUGAAUGGUGAAGCAAAUGAGUAUCAUAAAUCCAGAAAACAGCUCUUGACAUGAUAGGUAAUAAGCAGGAUAAAUGCAGCAUGAUGUUCUGGGUUACAUUCUGGUGCACAGAAAACAUUAGUAAGAAAAGUACCCACUUCUAAAGUCUGCGGCUUAGUUCAGAGUAUUAAAGCAAUGUCAAUUUCUUACUUUUAACAAAUAAACCAUGGUGAAUUCGAGGUGUGGAAUCUAGCAAUAGGGGAAACUGGGCAGUGUGCUCAAUUCCUGUAUUACCUUUGCAAUUUUUAUUUCUGUAAACUUAAAUUUAUUCUAAAAUAAAAGUUCAUUAUAAAAA